AGUAUCGGUACAGCAACUGAAGCCGAAAGUUGUGUUCACUGGCAUCGGGUCUGGCAUUUUUCCCGUUUCUCCGUUCGAUGCGUAAACUCCAUAGAAUUUCGUGUUCGUAGAAAAUACGUAUUUUCCAUCGUCAUCGCAUUCGAUCGCAUUUAGACUCGGUGUAGCGUGUGUUUUUUUUCCUGUUUUUCACUCGGAACGAUUCUCGCAUAUUCACAAUUUUCAGUGCGUUCUUCAUCGAUAUACUAAGCGAGAGAGAUAGAAAGACUCUCUGUGCAAUAACUGCGAUGGAAAACGAAAAAUAAAGUGAUUUUUUUUGUUCGUGGUCGUUGCCGCCACCGCUUCUACUGCUGUCGUCGUCGCCGUCGUUGUCGUCGUCAUUUUCUUCGUGUGCGCUGUGUGUUUCUCAUUUCAGCUCGUGUGAGUAUAUGUUGUAUAAUGGCGAUGCCACACUUAUGUACGGUGUAAGCUAGAAUGAUUGCAGCAGUCAUGUUUGUAAGACCGACGACGACGAUUUACAUUCUGCGUGACAUUGUUUCUUUUUUUCAUCGCUCAUCAUAGCGUAUGUGCUUUGGCCAUAUUUUCGAGUUUCCGUAAAUAUUGAAAGUUUUGUUGAAACGAACGAAAAAAAGCGAAGACAAUUCGAGCAACCAACAACAAAAACCACUCCGGGCGCAUCAAAUGAACUUCAAAUAGAUUUUAUGCCGUGCAUUAAAAAAAAUAGGCUCAAAUCAUUACUCGAGCAGUGAGAGUGAGUGAACUGUAAGAGAAGAGAAAAAAAGCAUUCUAAAUCGAAAGAAAAUUUAUUAAGUGAGAAAAUUUAUGGUGAGAAAAUUGAAUUGUGAACAUUGUGGUGCACUGUCGAAUGUAAAUUCAACGAGAACAUCAGAAACCUAAGUGGAUAAGUCGGUGAAAUAAGGCCAAAUCCUUCGAGAUCGACAGUGUUUUCGUUGCAGUUACAAACAACAAACAAAACCCACCAACCGACCGACCGACAACUAAAAAAAAGAGAAACAAAUAAAUAUUUCUCGAGGCGCUGCCUCUCGGAAGCAAUAAUUUUAUGCGACACUGAACUGCACCAACGAAUAUAUCCACGAAUUAAGCUCAAUAAUCUUUUUAACACAGUGAUACCAUUCAGUGUGUUCGGUGAACUUUUAUUUUCGGGGCGCAAAUGAACCAUUUCUGUUGAAGAUGUCGGAGCGGAAAAAGAUAUCAACAUCGACAAAACAGAGUCGCCGUCAAUUGCGCGAACGUAAACAACGUAAAGCUUACUCAGACUACUUAAUUGAUGACGAUCAUGAGGGAGCACGAGGGUUUAGUGUUGCCGAAAAAUUGGAGUCAUCACGAUUCGCACAGGUGGAUAUGGUGCGUGAGAUGAAAGGUCAUGAUUUGACGAUCUCAUUUUUUCAGCAGUAUGGAUUCAAUAUUCCGUUGCUGUUUAAAGAAAAAACCGGUCUUGGUAUCCGAGUGCCAUCAUCUGAUUUUUCGGUGAAUGAUGUGCGAAUGUGCGUCGGAUCAAAACGCUUGUUGGACGUAAUGGAUGUCAAUACUCAGAAAAAUUUGCGAAUGACGAUGAAAGAAUGGCAACAGUAUUAUGAAGAUCCAAAUAAAACGCGUCUAUUGAAUGUAAUUUCGUUGGAAUUUUCACAUACCAAACUCGAUAACUAUGUGCAAAGUCCGUCAAUUGUACGGAAUCUCGAUUGGGUGGACGUUGUUUGGCCGAAACAAUUGAAAGAGGCACAGACUGACGCAACCAAUUCGUUGGACAGCAUGAUGUAUCCAAAAGUGAAGAAAUACUGCUUGAUGUCGGUGAAAAAUUGCUACACUGAUUUUCACGUCGAUUUUGGCGGCACCAGCGUUUGGUAUCACAUUACACGCGGUAGCAAAGUGUUUUGGUUGAUACCGCCAACCGAAAAGAAUUUACAACUCUAUGAAAAAUGGGUUCUAUCCGGCAAACAGUCGGACGUCUUCUUCGGCGAUACGGUUGACAAAUGCGCACGAGUUUAUCUAACCGCUGGCAAUACGUUCUUCAUUCCAACUGGAUGGAUACAUGCAGUUUAUACACCCAAUGAUUCGCUCGUGUUUGGUGGAAAUUUCUUGCAUUCAUUUGGCAUUUUAAAGCAAUUGAAAAUCGCUAAAGUGGAGGAUUCAACCAAAGUGCCGCAAAAAUUUCGCUAUCCAUUCUUUACGGAGAUGCUGUGGUAUGUUUUAGCAAAAUAUGUUCAUACACUGUUGGGACGGUCACAUUUGGAGAAUGAGUCGAAUCGUGAACAUGAGGUGGUCGGUCAACCGCACAUUCAUUUGACGCAUUAUGAACUGUUUGGUCUCAAGGAGAUUGUUAUGUAUCUGUAUGAUCUGCCUUCACAACGUAAAAAUGUGCCCGAAUUAAUCGGUGAUCCCGUGCAAUUGAUAAAAGAUGUACGCAGUUUGGUUGAACGUCAUUGCAAAGAUAGCCCUGAGGCGGCAAUCACCGGAUUACCCGUGCUACAUCCGGAUUCAAAUCAAUCAACCAAUAUUCCGAAUCAACAACAACAGUUACCCAAUGAUGAACAACACGCGGAUGAUGCUAGUCAUAUCGAACAAAAGAAUAAUUCAAAUGCGGACAAUAACAUCGAUGGCGAACCACAAAAUUUCCAACCACCAAAAAUAAUUCCAACAAACAAACCGCUAACGAAGGCAGCGAACAAAAAGAAUGCAAAUGAUGCUACAAAUGGCAACGAGCGCAGCAAUGGCAACUCAUCGAAUACACCGAGACGACGGCGUAGACGAUGCAAAGUUUGUGUACCAUGCAAUUCAACUGAAUGCGGACAAUGUGCAUUUUGCUUGGAUAUGAUAAAAUUCGGUGGACCAGGCAGAGCCAAGCAAACGUGCAUGAUGAGACAGUGUUUGCAUCCAAUGCUGCCGAUAACGGCUCAGUGCAUCUUCUGCAAUUUGGAUGGUUGGCACAAGCAACCAGUCACAUCACCCCAUGUAAAGUCACAAAUUUCACAAGAAAUGGGGCCAUCAUCUCUGAUGGAGUGUUCAGUUUGCUAUGAAAUUACCCAUCCUGAAUGCGCUCAGAAGGCCUGCGGCGACGGAAUUCAAGUGAAUGGUGUUGUUAAUGAGGAUCUACCAAACAGCUGGGAAUGUCCACUGUGUUGUAUGUCUGGGAAAAAUACGGAUUAUAAGCCACGUCAUUUCCGUGCUCGUCAAAAAUCCGAUGAUCUGCUGAAAAAGAACAACGGUGAGCUGGCUGCCACCAGUGGAAACGAGAGCAAAGCCAAUUUGGAACAAACCGAUGAAAAAAGUGGGCCAGUAUUAAGCGACUCCGAUAUGGAUAACAAGUCAAAUAUCAAAAAAAUCAAGGUGAUGAGUCCCAAAUCAACGGCAAACUCAAUUAAAAAAGAAGAAUUGCAUGAAACAAAAUUCAAACCAGAGCCGAAUGAUGACAGCGAAAUGACGGAACAGAAUAAUCACAACAAUGAUCUGUGUGAUAUUCCGGUGAAGCGUCGAAAAAGUGACGACGGAGGUAGUAUUUGUAGUAGUUUACAGGAUGGUGGCACAGAACACACCGAAUCCAUAUCGAAUCAUAUGCCACGCAAGAAGAAUACCCUUCGUACGCAGUUGGCGCAGCAAAUUCUAAAUUCCUCAUCGAAACCAUUGAGAAAGCCAACGUUCGUUGUACGACCGGCGAAUAACUUAUCUUCAGGUAGCUCAGUAUCAGGAUCGACAUUGUCGUCUCCAUCAGGCAGCACUCAUUAUGCCCUUGAUCCGACCGCUUUGUUAGCAAUAUUCCGUUACUUACCGCAAGAAACGCUUAACACAUGUACGCUCGUCUGCAAAACAUGGUCAAAUGUUUCGGUCGAUCCGAAACUUUGGACAAAAAUGAAUUGUUCGCACCACAAACUGUCGGCCAGUCUUCUGAUGGCAAUUGUACGGCGUCAGCCAGAGCAUUUACUCCUUGAUUGGACCAAUUUGGCAAAGCGACAAUUGAGUUGGCUCAUGGCACGUUUGCCAGCGCUUAAAAGUCUAAGUAUUCAAGGUACACAAAUCGGAGCGGUGCUCGGUUUGCACACAUGCCUGUGUCCACCGUUGCAUAUGCUGGAUUUGAGUUUUGUACGCAGUCUCAACGAUAGUGCCAUACGCGAUAUUCUGUCGCCACCAAAGGAUUCACGUCCCGGUCUCACCGAUUCCAAAUCACGUUUGCGCAAUUUAAAAGUGCUAAAAUUGGCCGGCACGGAUAUAUCGGAUGUGGCGUUGCGGUAUAUCACCCAGGGUGUCCCAUCGCUGGUUCAUCUCAAUAUUUCGUCAUGUCAACGGGUUACCGAUGCGGGCGUUGCACAAAUCGGAUGCUCACCAAGUGCUAUCAACACACUGGUUGAAUUAGAUCUCAGUAGCUGCAAAUUGGUAACCGAAUUGUGUCUUGAAUAUUUGGCCAAAUGUGAAGCGCUCACAUACUUAGAUUUACGCCAUGUACCUCAAGUACCAACGCAGGCCGUCAUCAAGUUUGCUGCAAAAUCCAAACAUAAUCUGCACGUUCGUGAUAUUAAGCUAGUUGAUAAGCGUAAAUAAGUUGCUGCCUUGAUUGGAUUGAAAUCGAUGGCACAAGCCAAUUGAAUCGAGAUUUGAUCUUCUUCGGUUACAUCACUGGCAAUCAGCUAACGAUUUUUGUCAUCAAUUCGAUUCGAAGAAGAAUCUUGUGCACACUGGACAGCAACAAUCAAUGCAAAAGUUUAUCUUAGUAAAUUUCAAGUACACAUUUUUCGAGAAAUGAUUAAGCUAAGUAGAUUUCUUCUUUUUUUGGAAUUUCGGUCACACCACGUUUUUCUUUUCUCUAGAAAAAAGAUAAAGAAUUUACACUUGCAAAUAAAUUCAAUAGUUAUGGCACAAGAUAUAUAAAUAUUGCUGGCUUUUUUGGCCGAUCUAAAUACGACAAGUGGUUCGAUUGCAAUUCAGUUCAUUAUGUAUAAUUCAGUAGUUCAAGUUUUAAAUCCACUUAAAAGAAGAAGAACAAAAAAUGUAUUUGUUUUUGCCCUUGAUUUGAACAUUUUAAGAAAGAACAGGAAAAUUAUAUAUACACAUUUAGGCCAAAUUAUUUGAAAUUGAACGUUUUUU